AUGGCGGCCGCUGCGAGAGCCCUCAACUUCAUGUACCGCAUGGCGGUCCCCGCCUCAGCUGUUGUCUUCCUAGGCAGUCAGUCCAUAUACGACGUCAAGGGAGGAACUCGGGCUGUCAUCUUCGACAGAUUGUCUGGUGUUAAGGAGACCGUCGUCAAUGAAGGAACCCAUUUCCUUGUUCCCUGGCUGCAGAAGAGCAUCAUCUUCGAUGUCCGCACUAAGCCCAGGAAUAUCGCAACAACCACAGGCAGCAAGGAUUUGCAGAUGGUUAGCUUGACACUGAGAGUGCUGCACCGACCAAAUGUCAAGGCUCUCCCCAAAAUUUACCAGAACCUCGGUGCCGAUUACGAUGAGCGAGUCCUCCCCUCUAUUGGUAACGAAGUCUUGAAGGCCAUUGUCGCCCAGUUCGAUGCUGCAGAGCUCAUCACCCAGCGAGAGGCUGUCUCUGAGCGAAUUCGAAACGACCUUACUCUCCGUGCUGCCGAAUUCAACAUCGCUCUUGAGGAUGUUUCCAUCACCCACAUGACCUUCGGACGUGAGUUCACAAAGGCUGUCGAGCAGAAGCAGAUCGCCCAGCAAGAUGCUGAGCGAGCACGAUUCAUCGUCGAGCGUGCUGAGCAGGAGCGUCAAGCCAACGUCAUCCGCGCCGAGGGUGAGUCCGAGUCCGCGGAGGCCAUCAGCAAGGCCAUCCAGAAGGCUGGUGACGGCCUCAUUCAGAUCCGAAAGAUCGAGGCCAGUCGUGAGAUUGCUGCUACCCUUUCUUCGAACCCCAACGUCGCCUACCUACCUGGUGGAAGCGGAAAGCAGGGUGGCCAGUACCUGUUGUCAGUGGGCAGAGCUUAA